AUGUUAUCUUCAAUGAGAGCUAAGUAUGACCAUUUCUUUAUUCAGGUUGGCCUAAGCCAACAGUCAAGAAGUGAAGUCGGGGAUACCGUUCACAGUCUUAAAUUAGUAUCUAAGAAGGGCUUAAGUCUACCUAAAUUACAAUUAAACCAGUUUGAUGGAGAUGUAAAAAAUUGCAUAGGGUUUUGGGGGCAGUUUAAGAAGGUCGAUGAGGAUCCUGAUCUAGAACCUGAGGAUAAGUUCCAAUACCUCAUCCAAUCCUUAAAACCAGGAUCGUCCCCUAGGGAAUUAGUAGAAAGUUUUCCCCCAUCGGGAACUAAUUAUGUAAAGGCCCUAGAACAAUUAAAAGCAAGAUUUGGUAGGGAUGACUUUUUAAUAGAAGUAUAUGUGAGGGGACUGCUCAGUUUAGUGCUCCAACAAGUAACGCUAGGUCCUAAUACUAAACUGUGCCGACUGUAUGACAAAUUAGAAACACAGUUAAGGGCACUUGAAACUUUAGGAGUCACUUCAAACAAGUACGCUUCAAUGCUGCAUCCUCUGGUGGAAUCUGCUUUGCCCGAAGAAACAUUACGAGCCUGGGAGCGGCAUCGUUCAAGUAAGUUACCACACACACCCUCGACUUCUGCAUUGUCAGAUGAUAAAUCAAGUAAUUUUUUACAAGAACUUCUUGAUUUUCUAAAUGCUGAGGUGGAGAGUGAAGAAAAGGCUGGCUCUUGCUCGUUCGAGUUUUAA